AUGGAGGCGGCGAUGGAGGCGGACUCGGUGGUGGCGGCGAUGGAGGCGACGGAGGCGGCGAUGGAGGCGACGGCGGUGGCGAUGGAGGAGAUGGCGGAGGAGAUGGCGGCGGCGGCGGCGACGGCGGCGGACUCGGCGGCGGACUCGGUGGCGGUGGCGACGGAGGAGAUGGUGGCGGACUCGGUGGUGGCGGCGAUGGUGGCGGCGACGGUGGUGGAGACGGUGGUGGGCUCGGUGGUGGCGGCGACGGUGGUGGACUCGGUGGUGGAGACGGUGGUGGAGACGGCGGUGGGCUCGGAGGCGGUAAAGGCGGCGGACUCGGCGGCGGGCUCGGAGGAGGAGGCGAAGGCGGCGGAUUCGGUGGUGGGCUCGGAGGCGGUGGAGACGGCGGCGGACUCGGUGGAGGCGAGGGCGGUGGCGACGGCGGCGGCGGAGGUGAAGGCGGCGGAGACGGCGGCGGCAAAGGUGGUGGAGACGGCGGUGGCGAUGGAGGCGGCGGCGAUGGAGGCGGCGAUGGAGGCGGCGAUGGAGGCGGACUCGGCGGUGGCGGCGAUGGAGGCGGCGACGGUGGCGGAUUCGGCGGUGGACUCGGUGGUGGAGACGGUGGUGGACUCGGAGGCGGUGGCGCUCGAACGUCGACAACUUCUACGAACUCAACCGCCGCCGGCACGUUUGCUCCACCCGAGGCGUUCUUGA